UAGCAACAGUAAAAUGUGUAUAUAUAUAUAUAAAUAUGUUCUAGUGCAUGUUGCAAAAUCAGCUGAGUCAUCUCCCUUUAGUUACAUUUGCUUACUGCUAAUGCAUUUGUGCACAUAUGCAUUCAGCUGUCCAUGCAUGACCUUGUGUUAAACAUAUAUGAACAACAUAAAUUAUAUUGUAUGUAUGUGAAUAUAGGCAUUAUAUUGCAUAAGAGAAAUUGUACGUAACAUAUUAAUAAUGCACAUAUACAAAACUAUUUAUAUAUGGAAGCUUAUAUUUUACCUUUACUUGUAUAUUGGUAAUAUUUCACAUAGUUAAGCAAUGGAUUCUGCUAGAAUAAGCACAAUUGUAUGCUUAAUCAAGUAACUGGAAAGUUUUGUUGUAUGCUGUAUUAGUGAAAAGAAUUAUGAUAAUUAUAAACGAGCAAAACAUAAUGAUUUUAUAUAAUCAUUAAAUAAUCAGUAAAUAAACUAUUGUACAAGGAGAAAAAAUAAAUAUUAUCAAAUGCUGUGCAGAAUAUAUGCAAUGCUUAUCACUUUAUUAAGAUAAUCAACUCUUUUAUUUAAUAUCAUGGUUCAGCAACGAUUUCCAAGUUUUGAUGGUGGACGAAGUGGACGCCGUUUUGUAAUAACUCUCUCAGUUGGCACAAUCAUUGGCUUUUUAACAGCAUGCCUCCUCUUUUCUUCUACUGGAGAAGUAUCUAAUAUAUUUACACGAAUUCCUGGGAGUUCUGCUCUGAUAAGGGAUCCGCAUCAUUAUUCAGAACUCGAGCCAGAGAUAGGGCCUGAGAUAGAAGUGAAAUUUCAUAGUGAUAAUGAAGAUUUUCAUAAAGGAGAAGAUAAGGUAGCGCAAGUAUUAGCAAAGAAAGUUCGUGUUCUUUGUUGGAUUAUGACAGGCCCAAAAAAUCAUCAAAGCAAGGCUCGGCAUGUAAAAGCCACAUGGGGAAAACGCUGUAAUAUUCUUUUAUUCAUGAGUUCUGCAGAAGAUCUAAGUUUACCCACUGUAGUACUGCCAGUAAAAGAAGGCAGAGAUAAUCUGUGGGCUAAAACCAAAGAAGCAUUUAAAUAUGCUUAUGAAAAGUACAAAGAUCAAGUAGAUUGGUUCAUGAAGGCUGACGAUGAUACGUACGUUGUGGUUGAGAAUCUACGUUACAUGCUAUUGUCUUACAACCCAAAUAUGCCAUUGUAUUUUGGAUGUAGAUUCAAACCUUUUGUAAAGCAAGGAUAUAUGAGUGGAGGUGCUGGAUACGUAGUUAGCAAAGAAGGUCUUCGUAAAUUUGUAACUGAAGGUCUUCCUGACGAAACCAAGUGUCGUGCUGAUAAUGGUGGUGCAGAGGAUGUUGAAAUGGGAAAGUGUCUAGAAAAAAUUGGUGUUCGCGCGAUGGAUACUAGAGACUCGCAUGGUCGUGGGAGGUUCUUUCCAUUUGUGCCAGAGCAUCAUUUGAUACCUAAUCAUGUGGAUAAAAGUUUUUGGUAUUGGAAAUACAUCUAUUAUGACACCAAAGAUGGACUCGAUUGCUGUUCUGAUAGUGCGAUAUCAUUUCAUUAUGUCUCGCCGAAUAUGAUGUAUGUUCUUGAAUAUUUAAUAUAUCAUUUAAGACCAUAUGGCAUUAACCAUGGCUUGGAGAAUCCUUUGCCAGAAAUGCCAUAUACACUAACCGAAUACUAGUCUGUACUUUGUCAAAAUUAGAAUGUAUGGAAAAAGAAAAAAAAAAAAAAAAAAUAUAUAUAUAUAUAUAUAUAUAUAUAUAUAUAUAUAUAUUCCUAUAUGCAUUGCUAGUCUGUUCCAAGCAUCAAUUUGAACAAGUUGAUAGCAUGAAUAGUAUAGAACAUUAUAUAGAAUAUAAAAACAUGUGAUAAAUUAUACUUCGUCAUAUUAACACGUUUAUACGAAUGUAAUUUCAAUAUCAGGAAAUUGUGGUCCUAUUAAAAUUUACAGUUGUACAAGAUGCAAUGACGUGUUGUUCUUUAUAUUAAAUGAAUAAAAUUUAAAUAUAUAUUUUUUUUUAAAUAUAUUUUGAUUUGUUCUAUUCUGUUUUUAAUAGCGAAUGUAAAUUGUUAAAUACGUGACGUUGUUGCAUCAAGUAUAACCAUAUAAGCGAAGGCUGCAAACACAAUGAAUAAAAAUAGAGAUGAGGCCAUUAACCAAAUAAAAAAUGAAAUAUACUUUGUUGAAAGUAUUACUAGUAAGCAUGAUUUAAGAGACUAGAUUACUAGAUUAAUUAAGAGAUCUCAAUAAAGUAUCAUAAAAACUUUCUAUAAAAGCACAACUUAAUAGAUUAGUGCCACAAUACACCAUUGCUGUGAAUGCUUGCUUGUUGCUAGUCGUAUUACUAUGCUUUACGUUCUAGUCUCAUUGUUAACCUCGUCACUAUCAAUUUUAUUAUGUUUGCUGCCUUGGACUAUGUCCAAUGUGCAAAUAAUCAAGGUGUACACAUAUAUCCACACAAUAUCAUGCUAAAAUAACAAAGUAAAUAUCAUAAAAUCAUUUUUUAUAUAUAAGAAUUGAAAAUUACUAUUUGCAUAUGUGCAGCUUAUGCUGGUGAUAGGAAAAUAAAAUAAAUUUAUUAUAGGCUUCAACUGAAUGAGGUCACUCUAAAUUAAAAAAAUAUUAUAAUUUUUGAUUUAUAAUUUUUGAUUGACAGGAAGAAUCGCAUGUACAGGAUACACACGUACAUUUUGGUUGUUUAUACAUUGAACAUAGUAUAAGAAUGAGGAUAGGUAUAUAUUGCAAGCAUAGCAGAAAUUUGCUAAUCCUUCAGUCCAAAAUUUUAUUCAAGUUGGUACACUCUUAGGGAUCGUGUUAAGCGUACCAUAUUGUUACAUAACAUGGUAACAUAUUGUAAUUAUUAUCUAAUGUAUGAACUGAAAGAUGUAUACCUAAUGUGAAUAUACAUGCCAUAAGAAAUAAGACCUUGUUUUUAAUGGUAACACUAUCCUUGUGUGUAAAAAAUAACUCACUCAAGAUAUAGGCACCUUUCUAGAAGCUCAUUAAUCAUUUAUGUAUUACAUCGGA